UUUAUGAAAUCUUUCUCUUUUCUGUGAAAUUUCAGACUUUAAUUUUGUCGUUCAUUUCUCACCAUUUAUAAUUAGCAAUUAAAUUAAAUAUUAAUUACUAUAAAAAGAGCCUUUACUGCCCUAUCAGAUUACCAAGAUUCUCCAGAUAAUUCUUGUUUUCAUAGGUUGUUCUAUCUUGAGAAUAGUUUUAAAGAGAUCUAGGUACAAUGCGUGCACCAUCGUUGCUUGCACAAUGCUUGCCUGGCUUGGUUCCGCAAGACCGAGGAAGCCAUAGCAUGUCCACCAUUUCAGAAAGAGAUGUGCAUCUCCCGUCACCAGCUGUUGAGAUUCUCCCUUCAAAGGUACAGAUUGCACACCCAUAUAAAUACGCGGGAGAGAAUGUAGACUUGCAAGGUUUCAAUGUGUUCAAGGGAAGAGUUAGUGUUGCUGAUAUAAUUGGGUUCUCUGGUUCAGAAACAAUAUCCUCAAAACCUGAUGGAUUUCUAAAAUCUUGGGAGGGCUCAAUUGAUCUUGUUAAUGUUCUUAAGCAUGAGAUUCGUGAUGGACAGCUGAGCUUAAGAGGCAAAAGGGUACUUGAGUUGGGAUGCAGCUAUGGACUUCCUGGGAUUUUUGCUUGCUUGAAGGGGGCUUCCACAGUACAUUUUCAAGAUCUCAGUGCGGAAACUAUUAGAUGCACAACUAUACCAAAUGUCCUUGCCAAUCUUGAGCAAGCUCGAGACCGGCAGAGCCGACAACCAGAGGGUCCCCUGACACCAUCAAGGCAAACUCUGGCUCCAACAGUGCAUUUCUAUGCUGGUGAUUGGGAAGAACUCCCCACAGUCUUGUCUGUUAUAAGGAGUGACGUAUCUGAAAUGACAACAGGGAUGAGCCUGAGCUUCUCUGAGGAGGAUUUCAUGGAUGGAUGUAGUAGCCAAGAUGGUAGCAUCAUAGGACAGGAUAUCUCUUCAAGGAGGUCAAGAAAACUUUCAGGAAGCCGGGCAUGGGAGAGGGCUAGCGAGGCAGAUCAGGGUGAAGGUGGUUAUGAUGUUAUUUUGAUGACUGAGAUCCCAUAUUCUGUGACCUCAUUGAAGAAGCUAUAUUCACUUAUUAAAAAGUGUUUGAGGCCUCCAUAUGGAGUCGUUUACUUAGCAACGAAGAAGAAUUAUGUCGGUUUCAAUAACGGCGCACGACACUUGAGGAGUCUCGUCGAUGAAGAAUCCAUUUUUGGAGUUCAUUUAAUCAAGGAGAUGACUGAUAGAGAUAUUUGGAAGUUCUUUCUGAAGUGAACACAAGUUCAUCACUGGACAAAAUACCUACCAGACUCAACUACAAAUUUUCAGAUGCUUAUUUUAUUUAUUUACAUUAAUCCCAUAUGUAUAAAUUAUAAUACAGAUUACAAGUCCCAUUUUUUUUCUUUUUUUCUUUUUUGGGGUUAGUAAUAAUGGAACCAGAAAUAGAAAGCUUGGUAUAUAUACAUCCUAAUUGUUCUGGA